AUGCAUGUGUUUUUUUCCAGGGAAAAGGCUCAUCGGCACGUCACCGAUCGCCUCUAUCCAAAGUCUUCGAAGCUGUCGACACUUGAAUCGUCUCGUGGAAUGCAAAAGAGCCAAAAUGUAACCGCAGCAACGGAAUCAACAGGUGUGGCGGUGGCACUUGGCGGCCAUCACACCUCUCCUGACACUAACGCAGGAAAGAGCAAGGAUGCUAAAGAAUUUGGCUGCAGUCUUGGCGACCUUCGCGGACUCAUGGAGGCUCGCGGAGCUGAGGCGAUAGUUCGGCUGUCGACAGAACACGAAGGUGUCGAGGGACUAUGCAAGAAACUGAAAACCGAUUCUCUCGUCGGUUUAAGUGGAGAGCAAGCGGAUCUCGACAAACGACGACAUGUUUACGGAGCCAAUACUAUUCCACCAGCCAAAAGCAAGGGAUUCGUGCGGCUCGUUCUAGAUGCAUGCAAGGACCCUACACUUAUCAUCCUGGUACUUUCCGGCUUCAUCAAUUUAGCUCUAUCAUUCUACGAACCGACAUCGGCGGCCGAAGACCCGACACAACAAGUGCUCAACGUUACGAUGGCUGCAAUGCUCGCGGCUAACGGAACUCUGAUGACAACAACUGAAGCACCAUCUGAAGGACACGGAACAGCUUGGAUCGAAGGAGUUGCCAUUCUUCUCUGUGUCAUUGUCGUCGUCUUGGUCACCGCUGUCAACGAUUAUUCGAAAGAACGACAGUUUAGAAGUUUGCAGGAAAAGAUCGAGACCGGCCAAAAGUUCUCAGUUAUUCGUAACGGAGAGGCUAUAGAUGUUCCUGUCUCUGAUCUUGUGGUUGGAGACAUCGCUCGUGUCAAAUACGGAGAUCUUCUUCCUGCCGAUGGAUUUGUGAUUCAGAGUAAUGAUUUGAAGAUCGAUGAAUCAUCUCUUACCGGAGAAUCUGAUCACAUCAAAAAGAGCGUCGAAUCCGAUCCAGUUCUCCUCUCGGGAACUUACGCAAUGGAAGGUUCUGGUAAAAUGGUCAUCACUGCCGUCGGAGUCAACUCACAAACUGGUAUCAUCAUGACUCUCCUUGGAGCUGGAAAAGCCGGAAUCGACGACGAUGACUCCACAUCUACCUCAUCUAGUUCUUCUUCAUCAUCUAGUUCAUCCGGAAGUUCAUCCAAUGCCACAUCUGACAGUUCGAAAUCAGGAGAUGACGACUUGACCGCCAAAUCUGUUCUUCAAGCUAAACUUUCCAAGUUGGCUCUCCAAAUCAUCUAUUGCGGAACCACCAUCGCUGUCAUUGCUCUCAUCGUCUUGGUUACUCGAUUCUGUCUUGAACAUUACGUCUUCGAGAAGUUUGAGUUCGCAGUUGUUGAUAUCCAAAUGUUCGUCAAAUUCUUCAUCAUUGCCGUAACCAUUCUGGUUAUCUCCAUCCCUGAAGGACUCCCAUUGGCUAUUGCUCUUGCUCUCACUUACUCAGUCAGAAAAAUGAUGCACGAUAACAACUUGGUUCGUCACUUGGAUGCUUGCGAGACUAUGGGAAAUGCCACAUCAAUUUGCUCUGACAAGACUGGAACCCUCACCACGAACCGAAUGACUGUUGUCCAAUCAUACAUCAAUGGAAACCACUACACAAGUCAAGAAACUCAACCACAUGGAGCCAAUCUCCCAGCCAACACCGGACCAGUUCUUAUGGAAGCUAUUUCUGUGAACUCUGCCUAUAACUCAAUGAUUGUGGAACCAACUAAAGUCGGAGAGCAAGUUCAACAGCUCGGAAACAAGACUGAAUGUGGUCUUCUCGGAUUUGUCAAUCGUCUUGGAGGAGAUUAUGCUGCUAUCAGAAAGAAGUACCCAGAGCACGAUCUCACCAAAGUCUACACUUUCAACUCUUCUCGUAAAUGCAUGAUGACUGUUAUCCCAUACGUCGAGAACGGACAAAACAUUGGAUACCGUGUUUACUGUAAAGGAGCUUCGGAAAUCGUUCUCGGCAGAUGUACCUAUCUUUUGGGAUCCGAUGGAAAACCACAUGCUCUUACCAGCGAUCGUUUGAAGGAGAUCACAUCAACAGUUAUUCAUGAAAUGGCUAACAGUGGACUGAGAACUAUCUGUGUCGCUUACAAGACAUUCAUCAAGAAGGGAACCAGAGAUUUGGAGAAAACCGAGAUUGAAUUCGCCGAAGAGUCUGAUAUUGACUGGGACGAUGAGGAAGCAAUGUACCAAAACUUCACGGGAAUCGCCAUCUGUGGAAUUCAAGAUCCAGUUCGACCAGAGGUUCCGAACGCCAUUGCAAAAUGUAAAAAGGCAGGAAUCACUGUUAGAAUGGUUACUGGAGAUAACAUCAUGACUGCCAGAGCUAUCGCAAUGGCUUGUAAAAUCUUGGAACCUGGAGAGGAUUUCUUGGCUCUUGAAGGAAAAGAAUUCAACGAACGUAUUCGUGAUGAGAAUGGAAAAGUAUCUCAAGCAAAACUUGAUGAGAUCUGGCCACGUCUUCGUGUUUUGGCACGUGCUCAACCAGCUGACAAGUACACUCUCGUCAAGGGUAUCAUUGAUUCGAAGGCAACAGCACAAAGAGAAAUAGUGGCUGUAACUGGAGACGGAACUAAUGAUGGACCAGCUUUGAAGAAGGCCGAUGUUGGAUUUGCUAUGGGAAUCGCUGGAACUGAUGUUGCAAAGGAGGCUUCUGAUAUUAUAUUAACUGAUGAUAACUUCACUUCCAUCGUCAGAGCCGUAAUGUGGGGUAGAAAUGUCUACGACUCCAUCUCCAAAUUCUUGCAAUUCCAACUCACUGUCAACGUCGUCGCAGUCCUCACCGCAUUCGUUGGAGCUGUCACCGUUUCCGAUUCUCCAUUGAAGGCUGUACAUAUGCUUUGGAUAAACUUGAUCAUGGACACUCUUGCUUCAUUGGCUCUCGCUACCGAACAACCAACUGAUGAAUUGCUAGAGAGAAAACCAUACGGCCGUAAGAAGUCGCUCAUUUCAAGAACAAUGGUCAAGAACAUUCUCUGUCAUGCCCUCUACCAGCUCGUCAUCAUCUUUGUCAUCUUCUUCUACGGAGACACCAUUUUCGGAAUCAAAUCUGGACUCUACGCUCCACUUUUUGCUCCACCAUCUCAGCACUUCACUCUUGUCUUCAAUGCAUUCGUUAUGAUGACUGUAUUCAAUGAGAUCAAUGCUCGCAAAGUCCACGGAGAGCGCAACGUCUUCAAGGGAUUGGCAUCUAACCGAGUGUUCUGUGUCAUCUGGAUCACCACAUUCAUCGCUCAAAUCAUCAUCAUUCAAUUCGGAGGAGCCUGGUUCUCUACUCACCCACUCACCCUUCAACAAUGGAUCGUCUGUCUUGUUCUCGGAUUCUCAACUCUCAUCUGGGGACAAAUCGUCGCCACAAUUCCAUCGAAGAAGUUGCCAAAGGCCUGGAAGGUUGGAAAGGGAGACGUCCAACCAGCUAAACUUCACAUCAAUGGAGACUACAAUGUUCGUGCUCGCUCCCGUGCUCUUACUCUUCGUAGAUCUGGAAAAUCGUUGUGGAUGAGAGGAAUGUUCAUUAUCGGAAAUCAUCUCCGCGUUCUCCGUGCCUUCGGAAUGGAAAAGAGCGAAAAGGCCGCUUUCGGACGUACCGCCCCAGCAAUGACCGCUGAAGCUGCCGAGCGUUGGCGCGCCAGUUAUCGCAAGUACCGUCACCAGAAGCAUCAAGAAAAGAAGGCCGCUGUCGAAACCGCUGAAUCAGUGAAAUCAGCCGAUUGGGCCAAAGAACAGAAAGAGAAGAGAAAGACAUUCAAGCAAAUCAAGCAAGUCGUUCGUGGAAAGAGUGUUGACAAGGAGGGAAAGAAGCAUCACAAGAAGAGAAAGGAUGAGACGAAUGUCGACAUGGAAGACAUUGAACUUCAUUAG